CGGCCGACCAGAGCUGCGGGUCCUGCGCGGGGCAGGGUGGCUUGGCGACGGUGGAUUUCCUGAGGAAAUCUUGGAGACCGUGUGUGGAAGCAUCGGAGCUUUCUGGAGCCCCCGCGUCUCAUCUGCUCUUUAAUCUCAAAAACUUUACUUAUUAUCCGGGCUGAGACUCACCGAAACCACUUCCUGUUUAUAUAUGUAGACUUUCUUUUUUACUCCUGGGUUUUAGGGACUCCAAAUAAUAGUGUAGGUGUGAGCCUCCCUCACGGUUUGGCUGUGGGACUGCUGAAGUGGAAAGUUACCUGUUAGCGAGACGAGCAUGGAGUGGGGGUGGGACCGUAAGACCCGAGACGAAAAAGGCGUCAAAAUCAAGUCUGGCUCAUUAGGGGGAAGUUCAUGUCUUGACCAAGAGGCCUAAUACUGCUGUUCCCACAGAAUGUACUCUUGGUGGCAGGGAGCUCCUCGCGGGGCUUUGUUGCUCUUGCUAACUGGACUUGUGUCUGCUCUGUGCAGGGAGGGGUGCAGUAAAACUACCUAGUUCAAUUAACUGUAGGCAUUUACUCCCCCUUUCUAGAUCUGCAGAGGUAAAAGUGUGUCUUUCCAUCCUUUGCAGUGGUUAAUUCAUUUCUUGCUCUUUUCAUUCCUCUGGUUUAAAAUAUAUGUAUGAAUGAUGCACACACACACCUUUUCUGUUUUGGGAAUUCCACACCCAAAUUGUCACCAUCUAGUGGAGACUAGUAUAGACAUGUUCUUGGCGUUGAGUUCUGAAUUUUCUGGGCUUUGCAUUUUUAGCUAGAUACAUUUUCAACCAGAAAUGAAAAUUUUCACAGUUGGUUGGGUGGUGGGGCAGGAGUAGGUCUACCUCCCCCUCAGUAAAGGAGGUAUUUAAUAAAGCAACAAUAAUAGCAAUAAUAGGAACAGUUCUCCAGGACUGUGUACCAAGCUUUAUGCCAAGAACUUUACUUUCUUGAUCUCAUUUAAUAACAGACUUUUGUGGUAGGUAUUGUUAUUUUUCCCAAUUUUUUUUCAGUUGAAACUGAAACCAAACAAAUAACUUGCCCAAGGUCACAAAAAUAGCUCAUGGUGGAGCCCACAAUUUAACUGCUAGAUUAUACUGUUAACUUCUAAUUUGCUUACCAUUUAGCAAAAUUGAAACUGGAGUCUUACUAGAAGUUUUUCAAAGCACUACUUCUUCAAGCUCUUUUUCAGAUCUUGAGCAUCCAUAAUUCUCUAAGGUACACACUAUGGUAUGUGCACAGUAUUCAUUUGUUUAUUCAUUCUUUCAUUCAGUAUUCCCAAGUGUUUAUGUGAUACAGAAUGUGUGCCAGGCACUGUGCUAGGUACUGGGGAUACUGCAAUGAGUAAGGCAGAACACAAUCUUGCUGUCAUGGAGUUCUCAGGCUUUUAAAUCAGUGUAUUUUGGUUUAUGUUGUUAAUUUUUAAGUGGUGACCAUUUGCUGUACUUAAGGACCUGCUUAAGUCAGUUAAAUUAGAGGACACUACUGGUGUAAGGACUGAUAGAUAGGACUUCCUGUCCACAGAGUGACUUGGAUACUGUAGUAAAAAUGGCAUAUAAAACAAAUUCUCGCCUAUGGCUAGGGUGCUCAGAGUAAGGCUGUCUCCCCACCCACCCCACCCCCGCCAAAUGCUCAAACCCUGAGACCAAACCCAUUGUCAAAUAGCACAGUUCAACUUAUUUGCUGAGCCCUGCCUUCUCAAAGCCCAGAAUUUAGGCAACAGAAAGGAGAAGAAAGGUAGAAUGAGGUGUUGCAGAUGCCGGCUGGCAGAGAAGAGACUUCAGCACUUUGUUUGGUUUCCUGGCAGGUCUCCGUCAUGUGGUGACUGAACUUGACGCCCUUAUGUAAUAAUGGUGCAUCUCCUGGCAGGGGAUUUCCUCCUUUGCUGUAGCUGGGGCAGCAAUUUCUACAGCUACCCUCCUACUCCAUACACAUAUAUGCACCUUCCAAAGGUAAAUCUUCCCGUGGCUGACUUUAGAAUUCUUACUUCUGGCUUUUAAAUUUUUUCUUUUUAAAAUAACUUGGACGGAUAAAAGAUGUGCCAUGGCAGGAUAGCACCAAAGAGCACCUCAGCGUUGGCCGUGGCCUCCGCGGGACUUGGAAUGUUCCUUCCGCUGGUGAUCCUUAGCACCCUCCUUGGAGACGGACUUGCCUCAGCCACAGAAGGAGAUACUACUCGGACCUGCCUGGGAGGAUCGUUGGGAAGAUUGUCUGACAUAAUAGUGUGUUCCCUGCCCCCAGAGCCAGAGAAUGGUGGCUAUAUCUGCCACCCCCGGCCUUGCAGAGACCCCCUGAACGCGGGCAGCGUCAUUGAGUACCUGUGUGCUGAAGGCUACAUGUUGAAGGGCGAUUACAAGUACCUGACCUGUAAGAAUGGAGAGUGGAAGCCAGCCAUGGAGAUCAGUUGCCAUCUCAACGAGGACAAAGAUGCCCACACGUCCCUCGGGGUCCCCACGCUGUCCAUAGUGGCUUCCACCGCCAGCUCUGUGGCGCUCAUUCUCCUCCUUGUGGUGCUGUUUGUACUGCUGCAGCCGAAGCUGAAGUCGUUCCAUCACAGCAGGCGUGACCAGGGGGUAUCUGGCGACCAGGUGUCCAUCAUGGUGGAUGGAGUCCAGGUUGCACUCCCGUCCUAUGAAGAGGCUGUGUACGGCAGUUCCGGUCACUGUGUGCCACCUGCUGACCCCAGGGUGCAGAUCGUGCUGUCAGAAGGGUCUGGGCCCAGUGGGAGGAAUGGGCCAAGGGAGCAGCAGUUGCAAGAGCAGGGGGCCGGCUCCUCUGCAGGCGGAGAGGAGGAGGCCCCGGGCCAGUCGGGACUAUGUGAAGCCUGGGGCCCUCAGAGCUCAGAGACUGUGCUGGUGCACCAGGCAGCCACCUCCUCCUGGGUGGCCGGCUCAGGGAACAGCCGAGGGGCUUACAAAGAAGCCCCAGAUUCAGAGAACAGUGACAUACAAAGCCUUUUGUCCCUCACAUCGGAGGACUACACAGAUGAUAUCCCACUGUUGAAAGAAGCAUGAGCGCUGCCACGGGCCUCUCCUCUCUGCGACGGUCCUCUGUGCCCUUCUUCCCUCUCCCUGUGGGUUUGAGCACCCUGUCCUCCAGCCACCCUACCCGGAUACCUGAGCUGCCACCUGUGUAUCUGUGUGUCUCUAUAUCUCUGAGGGCCUCCAGGGCCACCUUGCUGGAAACUCAAGGAAGAUUCUCACCAUCUGUCUGCUGGACAGCUGGAAGAGCUGGCAUUUUGCCUAGCCCGGUCUUCCCAUCUGUGUCGGGGACAUAUUUGAAUGUGCUGGACUGAACUCUUCCUUUCCCUGAGCCCUCUGGGUCCCCUCCGGCCAGCUCUUUGGCGGCAGACCCCAUCAGCCCCCGCGGGCCUGAGAGCCGCUGUGUUUACUUGUGCCUUCCCCCCCAGCCCAUCGAGUUCCCCUGUCAUGCAGGCUUGUUGCUGUCCUCCAGACCUCAGUGGCAGCACUGCUGCCCUCUGCCGCACAGGGGGCUGGGCCUGGGGCUGAGGCUCUCCUGGGAACUUUGAGGGCUGGCACCACUGCCCUUAGCAGGAGCAGAUCCAAAGGCGGCUCUAAUUAGGGCAGGAAUAUGGGUGCCUGGGCCUGCCCUUGGUUGACACCGGUGGCACAUUUCUUUGGCCAAGGAUGGAGGAUGCAGAAAAUCAUGCCAAAGCUAUCCCAGCACCCAGCUGUCCAGCUCGGAGGUGCUGGCUUCUGGCCCUGUUCAGUUUCCAAGAAGCGUGGAGAAGACCCUGAGGGAGGGAAGGAAGGUGGCUGAUAAUGAUCGUCUUCCUAAUAUGCAAGUCCUCACUUCCUACUUCAGCGUCGGCCAUCCUGGCCUUGGUUUUCUCUGUUUCACUGGAGUAUAAGGGGAAGUGGCCUGCUGCCUCCUGGGUUGGAUUCUUGGCAACCUCCGCUUCCUUGCUGCCCACAGGGGCCUGAGGUGAAUCAUCUCUGGGACGGGAGAGUUGCUAAGGUGCCGCUGAAUGCCCGUGUGGCCAUGGCAUUUGGGGCAGGUUGCCCCGUUCUGGGUUUGUGGUGACAGAAGGGAGCCUAAGAGGCGCAGACCGAGUCCCCAGGCAGCUGCAGGCAGCUCCAGCCCCGGUCCUGAGGGUCCUCGUCACCACAGUCACGUGCCUUAGUAACUGUGCCCAGGAAGCGUGCUGCUGCUUGCCGCACCGCUGCUUUUCCUACUCGUGUUUCCCCUGCCACCCUUCCAUGUGCCCCAGCUGACAGAGGGCUCUGUGCUCUCCCCUGGCACCUGGGGAGGGGCUGACAGUCCUCAGCAUCCCACCUCGCUGGUCUGCGGUGGGUGAAAGCUUGCCAAACAGCCUGGCCCCGGGGCCCUUCCACUGAAGGGGGUGGGCUCCAUGCUCCCCGAUGCUUCUGCUGGGGGCCUCUCACUCUGCCAUCUGUGGAUGCUGUCCAGGGCCGGGGUGGCAGAGCUCAGCCAGGCUACUGCCAUCCUCAAAAGAUGUGGCAUUGAGGAACGCUUAUUUCUGUUUUGUUUUUGAAGCACUGGGGCUGGGAGACUUGUCGCUGACCCCGCCUGCACCUCUGCUCCUCCCCAAGCUGCUCUGUUCGGGGUGGUGAAGACAAUAAAGAACCCAGUAUAUUUUCAGUACCUGACCUAACAGGGUAGCUCCAGGCGGGGAUGGCCACAAAGGUAGGGGAAUGGCCUCCUCUCAGCCUCCUGCAUCACUCUCACGCGCACUUUACUACCCGCUCGUUCCCAGCCUCCUGGCACCACUGUAGUCUUCCUUCGCUCAGGGUAAGGGCAGUGCCUGCUGGGCCUGCGGGCGCCCCCACAUCUCUCCCCUUCCCCACCCAGGAGCCCUGGCUGGCGUGGUUCCAUAUGGAACAGGUUGGCGGAGGUGCUGGAACACAAGCCUCUGAGGGACCUGCAAAAGACCAGGGGACCUGUCCUUGGCCUCCGAAGAGGCCGUUUCUGGAGAUGUGCCUGCCAGCAGUUGCUGGCACUGGGCCCAUCUGGAGGGUGGGGUCCCUAUGGACCCUAGUUGCCUCAUCAUGCACGGGCUCUCCUUUACCCACAGAGGUGCCCUUGGUUUCCUCCAGAAAAGAAAGCAGGAACAGAUGGUGGAGGGAUCCAAAGUCUCACUGUUGGGCUUGCAGCCUGAAUAAGGGUCUAGAAUAUUUUUUAAAAAUGGAAGAUCUUACCCUUUUUUAUAUCAUUACUGUGGGUUUUCCCCCCUAAGAGAUUGUGCUAUUUGUUUUGGGUUUAUUCAGCCACAUAAGUGACUGGCUUAGCCCUUGAAAAAAAAAAAAAGAAAACCCUUUCUUCUGAAGCCUUCUCCACCUCACCCGCCAUUAACACUGUCCUGGGGAUCACAAGCCCAGACUUGCCUACCUGGUAGAAAGAAAAGUCUGGAUAAAUGGGAACCUAGUGCACACACACCCCUUUGCCCCCUCUGUCCCCUCCCCUGCAUCAUUGGCUUUGCUGAGCGCCACACCCCCAUGUCCCUGGAAACCCCUGGGCCUGUGGUGGGAGGAGCCUAGGCCUCCCAUUCACUUCGCACUUCUCUGAAGCAGUUUCUUAGCCAUCAGACAGGUGCUGCUGUUUCUAGGGCUUCUGGGCUUUGUCCCUUUCAAGGGAUUAGGAACUCCACAGCUGCCUCGAGGUGGAGCCUGGCGGAGAGACAAGGGCAGUGGCAGGUGGCAGGCUGUUAGGCUGCCAAAGGAGCCUAGAACAGGUGGGAGAAACUGCCCAGGGCCUGGCUUUCCAGGGCUCAUCUUUAGGGGAGUCCAGCAGAGGGCUCGUCCAGGAGAACGGCCCGCACCAAAGGACUAGAAGUGUCUUUUUGCACACAUGAGCUGACUCAGUGCAGGUUUUAUAUCCUGGUGACUUGCCAGCGACUUUCAAGGGCCAGUGUGUGGUGAAAAUCAUUUAAGAUUUCCGUCCCUUUCAAUGCCUUAGUUUAGCAGAUAGGCUCUCUCUUUUGCCAUUUCUGAAUUUUGUGUGCUGUGUUCCUGUUUCACUGGUGUGAACUGUAAAAUGGGCUGAGUCUUAGCCACUUUUUGAGUUCUUUUGGCUUUACAGGGCAUUUCAGUAAGCAUUCUACCAACACUCCACUUGCAAACAGAACUGAAGCUCAUGUUGUCUUCCCCAUUCAUCCCUUCUUCCUCCUACUCCUCUCCCCUUCCCCCGCAGCUUUCAAGUUCUGUGGAGAAGCCUGAUGGCAAGACAGACAAAGGUAGACUUUUCCGGCUUCUUUAGUGCUGGCACAGGAUCCACAGGCAUUCGGCCUCUCCCCUCCCGGUUCUGCCUAAGCUCUCAGACCACCUGCUUCCACACAGCAGUGUCUCCCGUUGGCAGGGAACACCGUCACAUAGAGAAUGGGAUAUGCUGCAGACCCUUUUACAUCCUUGCCUUUCAUUCCUCCUUAAAGAGAAUACAGGACCCAGAAGGGAAGUGGUACACAGACUUUAUAGCUUAAUGUCCAGAUGUGCUUGCUGAGGACAGUGAUGCUGGGGCUUCUUUUGGGGGUUGCUGCUGGGGGCCCCUGGCUCUCAGGAGAGGGCCAGUCAUUACCAGUGCCCAGGGAGGGGCUGAAAGGGAUUUUGCUUGGCAGAAGCAUGGACUGAGUGGUAGAGUAGCUGGUCCCCUGGAAAGGCAGCAGGCUCAGCUUUGCUGCAAAGCAGCUCCUCUUAAUCUCCAGGUGAAAACCUAAUAGAAUUUUGAAUGAACCCCCCCCCUCAGGUUGAGCCCUCCGUCGGGCAGCAGAGCUAACUGGAGGGCAUGUAGGGGCCAAGCACUCAGAUUGCCAAGCAGGAGGAGAGAUGGACGCGGGUUGCACAGCAGCCCACCACACCCUGCCCUGGCUUCUUAACACACCACUAUGGAAUCCUUUGCAGAAUGGUACUCCUAUAUAAUGGUUUCAAAUGACACAUGCAUCAUUGACUCUGUGCAGGAUGUCACUCAAUCAGUUUGGGUUUGCUUUAUUUUAUUUUAUAUAUAUAUUUUUUGGUAUCCUGUACAUUGCAGUGGGUGUGAAGAUAGUAUUUUAAUAUUUGUACAAAGUUUAAUUUAAUUUUAAUUGUUCUAUGUAUAUAACUGCAUUUCUAAAUAAUAAUUAAAAAAAGAUUCUUAUGAA